AUCAACGAAUGCUCUAAUUUUCCAAACGUACCACUACAAGUUGUUAUCCCUUUCCGUUUCCAAGUUUUAGAAGCCGCGCGUCUCUUGAAGUCCCAGGAAGCUUCCCCACUCUCCCGAGAGAGCUCCUUGCCGUUCUUGGGUUCUCCUCCUCCUUCCCAUGAACUCCCUUCUUCUCCCUCCCACCUUGGCUGUUCUAAGCCGAUAGAGAUGGCGGAAGAGGAGAAUAGGGUAAGGGUGGGGGGGCCCAGGAGCGUGCUCCACGGGAUCGAGGAGUCCACCCCGGUCGCGAUCAAGGAGCUCCUCGCUGGCGGGGUCGCUGGAGGCGUUGCCAAGACCGCCGUUGCUCCGUUCGAGCGCGUCAAGAUCCUGUUUCAGACUAGAAGAGCUGAUUUUCAGGGUAUUGGUUUGUUUGGUUCAUUCCAAAAGAUCAUCCGAACUGAAGGGGUACUUGGAUUUUACAGGGGAAAUGGAGCCAGUAUAGCUCGUAUUGUGCCUUAUGCAGCAUUGCACUACAUGGCUUAUGAACAAUACCGUCGUUGGAUAAUUCUUGGAUUUCCAGAUAUCAACAGAGGGCCUGUUCUUGACCUGGUUUCAGGUUCCAUUGCUGGUGGAACUGCAGUGCUCUGCACUUAUCCUCUGGAUUUAGUCCGCACCAAACUUGCUUAUCAGGUUAUUGAAUCUUCCAAGCUGAAAUUUACAGUAUUGUCUUCCGGUGAUCAGGUUUAUCACGGAAUUCGUGACUGCAUGAUAAAGAUAUAUAAAAAAAAUGGCUUAAGAGGUCUCUAUCGUGGCAUUGGCCCAUCCUUAUACGGAAUCUUCCCAUAUUCUGGUCUCAAGUUUUAUUUCUACGAGGCCAUGAAAGCUCGUGUUGAUGAGGAACGCAAGAAAGACGUUAGUGUGAAUCUUGCUUGCGGCUCCAUUGCCGGUUUGCUGGGCCAAAGUAUUACCUAUCCUCUAGACGUCGUCAGGAGACAAAUGCAGGUGCACUCCCUUUCAACUUCCACUGAAGGAACAGCUAAAGGAACGUUCGAAACGCUUGUUAUGAUUGUUCAGAAUCAAGGCUGGAGGCAACUAUUUUCUGGCCUGAGCAUCAAUUUUCUUAAGGUUGUUCCCUCAGUAGCCAUUGGAUUCACAGUUUAUGAUUUGAUGAAGUCAUGGCUUAAAGUUCCAGCCCGAGAUGAAAUUUCCAUAAAAACAAUUACAGAAGAAAGGAAGAGCCAUGUGUCAUCCUCAUGACAUUUUGGAUAGAUUUUUUUUUAA